AUGCUGAUUUCAGAGUGUUCUGGACAACUGUACUUCCACCCGCUGCCCGGAACGGAUUCCAGGGAGACGUACGCGUUCAGCAGCGCCACGACCCUGGAAGAAUGUGUCGAAACGUGCUUCGUAAAGAAUGACUUUUGCUAUUCGGCCAUUUAUGACCCACAACUAGACCAAUCGAUCCGUUGUCAACUGUCUUACGUUGGUUCGCCGUACUGCAAGCAGAAUCUGACCACCCAUUACGCGGUCACAUACGAACCAGUGACCAUCGACUGCAUUUGGUGCAUCCAAAUUCGAGGCAAUGAGUCUACGACCUCGUCGUUACCUGUCUCGGCCAUCAGGCCGAAAGGCGAGAUGAUCGAAGCAUCCAGCCCCGACGUCCAUCUCUCGACGACCGUGAUGACGGAAACUCAAAAGCCGUUUAGGACUUUCCCUUACAACAGUCGGGCGACGAGGUUCAAAGUAACGGAGGCAACAGCUGCUGCUACCACUGCGGCUAUACUUCCGACCAGGCACACAGGCACGGCGAUUACUUCAACCCUAGGCCAACAGCGGCAAGCUACAACAAGCCGAGUAAGCUCGAUCGAGACCAGAACUCGCCCAAUGCCAUCCACUGCCACGACCCAGAAGUUUCAAGCAAAAGCUGCCGUCAGCUCAUCCUCGUCAUCCUUAACGAUGAUCACCGUUCCAACGACGACGACCACGGCAGCUUCCUCCAUCGCCGAUGCUUCUUUUACCCGCAGUAGCCAGAUGCCGAGCCGGUCUACGGCAAGUAUUCUGCAGAUCGACCAAGACGGCAGUGGAGCACUACCCGAAAGACAGGAAUGGCCUAAAACUUUGUCAGCGGAACGCCAUCACCACAAGCCGGAAACUACGGUCAUCGACGGCAGCGGUGUCUACCCAGUAUCGUUUGCGAAAGCUCAUGUCGGCCGAACUUACCAGCGCAUGACCACGCCUCUAAUGUUUGAAACAUUUGGAGCAAACAGUAUCGCGCGUGAAGAAAGUCCAGAUGCGGACACCAGUGAAGAUGCCUAG